ACUCACACUCCCCGCUCUGUUCCCCUCUCUCCGGCUUCCUUUCAGUUCCCCCUAACGGAAGCUUCACCGUUCUUGGCCCUCUGGAACCAUAGAUUUCUGGGGUUUCGACUCCUCGAUCACGCCUUCGUCUCUCUCUCAGCGGCCUAACCCGGAAAGAUGGUACGUUCGCUCCUUUUUGUCCUCGUUUGCUUUCUUUGCUGUAGUGGUGUCAGGUCUGGGAUGAAUCCCGCUCGCUUCGACUGGUUGCCUCUCAGGUUAGAGAUCAAGAUGAUGGAGGAAGAUGGAGUAGAAGAAGCUGAAGAGGAAUAUGUUGAACUUGAUCUAGCUGACUCUACAGAUAGUUCUGUCCUUGUCAAUGGGAAUGAGGGUGAGGAACAGUGGGUUUUAACUCCACAUCAAUAGCAAUUUGACAGGGCAGGAAUCGGUUUUAGUUCUAUCACACUGGAUAAGGUUGUAGAAGGAAACUGUGGGCGUUGCCUUCUUCCUUGUGAUCCCUGGGCUUCAGAAAUGCUGACCUUAACAAAGUCUUCAUGACAUCUCAUCAACAAAUGUCGAGUAUAAGCAUAUUUAUGAUAUAUCACAAAUCUGCAAGUUUGCUUGUACACUAGAUAGAUUCUUGGUCUUCCCAGCCAUCAUUUUUCUGCAUGGUCUAUCAGACAGACUUAUUCAGCUGUUGUAUUCAAUUAUACACUUACAAAGGUCUAUUAUUUCUUCUGUAAAAGAAAUGUAUUUGAAUUCAAUAUAAGUUGGGGUUUUCCAAUGAAAAGAAUUAUCACUUUGAUUUUUCGAUGAUUGAUUAUUGAGUGACCUACUAAUUUCUUCUUGCUAGUUGCCUAGUUGGGCUACAGGAAAUUGAAAUGUGAGGCCUUUUAACCCCAAUUGACACCGAUCAGAUCAGCUACUAUCAGAUUGAAUCUCGGAUCAAAUCAGGUUUUGUUAUAAAUCCCAUAGUAUCUUCUACAGUUUUUUGCUUACUUCCUCGGAAUGGGCGAGUUGAGUUAUAAACCCACUUCUGGAUCAAUUUACACAGUAAAUUCAACUUGUGACCUGUUGCUAAUCCAGUUUAGCUAGAUUAUUUACACAGUGUUGCAUCAAACACUUGGCAUGGCAAUAGCAACUGCUUCUGUUUCAUAUCAAGUUUGAUAUCUAAAGCAUUUACUCUGACCAUUUAAAACCCUCCUGUCAUUUAUUUCGCGGAACUACCUGCAACGAAAAGCCUGGUAUUUUUGCGUCUUACUGCAACAUAUGAAAUAGGUGGGCAAUCACUUUAGUUACUUUGCUUUGGAUCUAUUAUUGCCUUUCUUUUCCACCAUCUUUAACUUGGAAUCUCUCAUCAGGUUUGUGAAGAUAUCGGAUACACUCAAACAUCAGCACAAAAGCACAAAGUGAGCCAAGGAUUCUGGGUAAUCUCUUACGCUAACCUGUCGUCUUCAGAAAAAUCUAAACACUCGUCGAUGAGCCUUAAUACAGCUGAACUGCUCUAGCUUUACUCGCCAAUCAAUCAGGUGUGCAUUCGAUUCGUCUUGUGGGAUCAACAAAGGUACAAUUAAUGGAUUGCGGAUCUGCUGGUCCACUGGAUCCGAGACCCGUGGCGGGUGACGUAACCGGGAAGUCGCCCGUUAUAAGCUGUCUCUUGCAAGCAAUGGCUGAUCUGCGGCUAUAUAUCUUGGAACUCGCGGGGUCCACGAGAUCGGCUUUCUCCAGAGAGGCCGCCUUCGGAAGUAAGAACCAUUUAAACGAGGAAAUUUUAUACUACAAAAUCACGAGCAUUUUGGCUUUAGUUCCACAGGAGAUCGGAUUCCCAGCGGCGGCUGGAAGGCAUCCGCCACCACCGACCAUCUCCCUCUUUCUCCAUAGCCAUCUCCUCUUCUCCUAAAGAGUUUUCCAUCUCCCCCUCUCUGUGAUUAACUGGAUACAAAAGCUACGAGUUCUGCCGAGGUCGGAUCACCUCAAAAGGACAACAGAGAUCUAAGACCGCCAAACGUAUUAAUGUAAUGACGAACGCCGCCAUGGAGGAACUCUGCAGCAAUGACGGCAACAAUAGCGGCGGCGGCGGCAGGGAGAGGUACACGGAGUUCAUGGAGGACUCGUGCUGCGCCCGCAACUGCCUCGGGCCGAAACCCUCCAUAGCGAGGUUCAUCUACGCUAUCAUCUUCCUGGUCACCUGCCUCCUCGCGUGGACUAUUCGGGACUAUGGCCGCAACGCCCUCUCCGAGCUCGAGAGACUGAAAGGUUGUCAUGGUGCUCGCUACUGUUUGGGCGCGGAAGGUGUGCUCCGCAUUAGCUUUGGCUGCUUUUUAUUCUUUUUUGUCAUGUUCCUAUCAACUGUAGGAACGAAGAAAUUGGAAGAUUCUCGAAAUUUCUGGCACUCCGAAUGGUGGCCUGCUAAGAUAAUCAUUUGGAUUGGCUUCAUGGUGGUACCAUUCUUCGUGCCUUCUGCAUUUAUCCAGUUCUAUGGGAAGUUUGCACACUUUGGUGCAGGGGCAUUUCUUAUGAUUCAACUUAUCAGCGUGAUCAGUUUCAUAACUUGGCUAAAUGACUGCUGUCAAUCAGACAGAUAUGCAAGGAGAUGUCGAUACCAAGUGAUGGUACUGUCAGUCGCAGCGUAUGUGGCAUCCAUCUUGGGAAUUAUCUUGAUGUAUAUCUGGUAUGUGCCCAGUUUAUCCUGCAGGCUCAAUAUCCUUUUCAUCACCUUGACUUUGGUGCUUCUACAACUCAUGACACUCGCAUCUAUGCAUUCCAAGGUUAAAGCAGGAUUUCUGGCACCAGGGUUGAUGGGAAUGUAUAUUGUGUAUCUUUGCUGGAGUGCAAUCAAGAGUGAGCCGCUGACAGAGAUAUGCAAUAAAAAAGCAGCAGUUGCAACUAGUGCAGACUGGCUUAUUAUUGUGAGCUUUGUUAUUGGUGUCCUCGCAAUAGUGAUUGCUACAUUUUCAACAGGGAUAGACUCCAAGUGCCUUCAGUUCAGGAAAACUGAAGCAGACUUGGAAGAUGACGUUCCCUAUGGGUAUGGCUUUUUUCAUUUUGUUUUUGCGAUGGGAGCAAUGUACUUUGCCAUGCUGUUUGUUGGCUGGAAUGCACAUAAUACCAUGCAAAAGUGGACAAUAGACGUUGGAUGGGUCAGCACUUGGGUCAGAAUCGUCAAUGAAUGGGUAGCAAUACUUGUCUACAUAUGGAUGCUCGUUGCUCCCUUCGUCUGGAGGAGCAGAAGGCAAGCAGAUUCAGUAUAGGACAUGAGGACUGUUCCUAAUUUCUAAAGCACAGAGUACAAGAGCAACAUUCUUUUCCGACAAGCUGAUACAAAUUAGCUUCUAUCAAGCGUCAUCUGCAAACAGCAUCAGCUGUGAGCUCUUCCGAAACAUUCUUGCAAAUAUUAUUAACUUGGUUGCAGGUCAUGGCACAGACUUGCUCAAGAACCAAAAACUAUAUAUGAUGCUAUCAUAGCUCAUGAUCCACUCCUUAAGGUAAAGCAGGGUUAUGAUCUCUCCAAAUGGAUGUUUGGUGCUUUGAGCUGUUUGGUGCUUCUCAGAAAAGCAUACUCCUGCAAAACCUCAGUAGGUAAGAGGAGAAUUCUAAUCCAACCUGUUCAGCAAAAAUAGAACAAAUUCUUUUUCUCUUUUUAUAAUGUUACGAUUUACUUUUAUUUAUGCA